AUGGACUCUAAUAUAACAAAUCGUAAUAAUGUCAGAGAACUCAAUCUUGAUUUGCGUCUAGACAAACCUUUUUCUAUUCCUUCGUCUCUUUUUACAUGUGAAUCACUCACUAAAUUGGAGCUAUGUGCAUCCCGUGCUAUUCGUAUUCCUAAAAGUUUGUCUUUUCCGAAACUCAAGAGCCUUAUACUUAUUGGUAUCCAAUUUACUGAAGACGAUGGCUGGAAUGAGAAACACUUUUCUAAUUUCCCUGUCCUUGAAAAUUUGAUUCUGAAAGAAUGCACGUGGCAUGGUAUGAACAAAUUCUGCAUUUUAACUCCGGUACUGAAAGUCUUGGAAUUUCUGAAUUCUGACUUAAAGAAAGACGGUCUACAAGAUUGUGAUCUCAAAAUUCAUGCACCGAAUCUAGUAUCUCUUAGCCAAGUUGGUGGUGUGGCUAAGGAUUAUGACCUGUCCAGCUUUGUAAAACUAGAUAGAGCAGAAAUCUGCUUUUAUAAAUAUGAUGGAGAGGAAAGGAUAGGUCUUGGUGCAGCUGUAAGUAAGUUUUUUCUAGCGCUUUCACAUGUACGAAGUCUUGAAAUAUCUACUUUUGUCCUAGAGACUGUCCUUGCUGCAGACGACUUCGUAAACGUCCUACCUACAUUUCUUAAUAUGAACAAUUUGGACCUGAUUUUAGGACCAGCCUCGGAUGAAUUAAUAUUUGCAUUUAUCAAAGCAGCACCUAAUCUGAAACGGCUACAAUGUGGCGAUGAGGUUCUUUGGUCUGACGAUGCCGGUAGAGUAUUUGAUGAAACUCAAGAAUUGUUUCGACACCUCCAGUCAGUUGGGUUCGAGGGAUUUGUGGGGAAUCCGAGGGAGUUGCGGUGGGUGAAAUUUAUUUUGAAGAAUGCAAAAUCUUUGGAGACAGUGAAUAUAUUGGACAUGGAAAUUACUAUUCCAAAAACAAAGAUGUAG